AUGACCAGCCUUCCGGCUAGUUUUUAUGUUGGCUCUGCGACCAGUGGCCAGAGUGUGCGCGACGUUAUUGCUUCAUAUCGUCGUGCCCAGUAUCUUGUUGCCGGCUCAACCUUAUCGGACUCCGCUAGUGACCCAUUCACCGACGACGAAGCUGCUGUUGAGAGAGGCUACUUCGAUGAAGAAAAUCUCGAGCCGGCUCUUCCAGACAGCGACGAAGAAUUGGUUGGCCACUUUGACUGGGAUCAUGACGCAUCGCCGCCAAUCGACACCCCAACGACUCCGCGCCCCCACUUACCUUUUUCACGACAAGUACCACGACCCAUUGAACGCCCAGAACGAAACGAACGCACCCCAUUGCUCAGAAAAACAAUCUCAUUUACCAAUACACCUCAUCCAAAACACACAGCACCUACUACCGCUGCUAAUGAUACCCCCCAAGCUCCCACCCAACAACAUGUGACCCUUCGCCGUCGCUCUUCUGCAGCCUCGGCCCGCAGCGUGAAAUACAAGUAUGGCGGUCAAAGCACCUUUGGACAGUCACUCUUCAAUAGCAUUGCAAUCCUCUUGGGCAUUGGGAUGCUAUCGGAGCCGCUCGCUUUCGCAUACGCUGGCUGGGGAAUGGGCUUGUUCUUAAUCAUAUUUUACGGCUAUAUUAGUUGCUAUACCGCAAAGAUCCUCGCCGGUAUAAUCCUUUCUGACCCCCGGCUGCGUUCAUAUGCAGACAUUGGUCGGAAAGCAUUCGGCGCACGGUCGACCGUAGUUAUCAGCAUCUUAUUCUGCUUGGAACUUUUCGCUGUCAGUGUGAUCCUCGUCACCUUGUAUGCUGAUUCCCUUAAUUCGCUUAUCCCGCGCUACUCGUCAAACACCUACAAAGUCUGGGGCCUUCUUAUCUUGGUCCCAACCGUAUUCCUCCCUCUGUCCCUCUUGUCGUACACGUCGAUUCUCGGUAUCAUAUCCACCAUCCUCGUCGUUGUCGUCAUUCUCGUCGAUGGCGUCUCAAAAACUGAACGGCCGGGCAGUCUUUGGGAUCCGGCGGAUACCUCGUUUGGAAUAGACAACUACAACCACCUCGGCAUCGCGUUUGGGCUGUUUAUGGCCGGGUUUUCUGGACAUGCGGUUAUUCCUUCGCUCGCGAGAGAUAUGGUCGAUCCGAGCGAAUUCAACAAGAUGAUUGACUGGGCCUUUGUCGUGGCCACAUUCAUAUACGGGCUUAUUGGUUGCGCCGGGUACCUCAUGUUUGGCAACUCCGUCAGCGCGGAAAUUAGUAUCGACCUCCUGGCUACCCCAGGCUACAACUCAAUCUUAAACAAGACCGCUCUGUGGAUGCUCGUUCUCAGUCCGCUUUCAAAAUUCGCUCUCGCAACUCAACCUCUCAACACUGCUAUCGAAAUCCUGAUUGGUAUCGACAGGCCCCUUAACGCGCCAGAAGAUCUCGCAGCCAAACUCGCAGCUCCAUCUGAAGGCUCUCGAAUCUCCUUCAAGAACACUAUUGGGGUCAUCCAGCGUGUAGGGGUGACUGUGCUUUCAGUUGCCGUGUCAAUAUAUGUCCCAGAAUUCAGCGCAGCAAUGGCCUUCCUGGGCUCCUUCUCCGCGUUCGUGCUCUGCGUGAUUGGCCCGAUCGCCGCCAAAAUCGCGUUAACCGGACGUUUAACUGUCUUCGACGGCGUGGUCGGCGCGUGCGCGGUGGUGAUGGGUGUGUGGGGCACGUACGCAGCGUUCUGGGAGGCGGAUAUCUGA